AUGGGAAACGCCGAUAUGCUCCUUCAGGACUGGCGGGCCUCGCUUCCUGGUAAUCUAGUUCCAAAUCAGGACUCGGCUGACUCCGAAGAUCAAAUAUCCUCAAUAGCAACCAGCUUAUUGAACUGUACCUAUUUGAAUGCUGUGAUUAUGGUUCAUCGCUUCUCUUUACUCUGUCGGAGCCGCUUGAAUUAUAUGCUCAGUCACCCGAAUCGUCGCAUUGUAGGAUCUGAAAAGGUCUGCCUGGAUGCUGCGCAUGACCUGGCCCAUGCAAUUAAUAAUCUCAUUGCUGAAAGGCGAUUGAACCCUAUCCCAAGGUGGAUUCAUCCCUAUGCAAUCAACUCUGUAAUGGCCAUUUUCCUUUCUCUUAUGAAGUCUCCCCGGAAGUGGUCUCGGGAUAUUUAUCUUGCCUUACUCCGUAGCAUGCAUCAUUGCUUUCGGAACCGCGAAGACACUGCUUUGCUCAGCCGAUUUCAAACAUUCUUAGAAACACUCAUUCAGGCCACCGAGACCCAAGUCCUCCAUGGCCACGAUCCAGGACCAGCACGGAACGAAAUGUACAGAACACAGAUGAACUCUCCAUCUGACAGCCGCACAGGUGCUUGGACUCACAAUUUGCUGAGCCACACAGCCGACGAUCUUGCUCAGCGCAUGGAGACAGAUGGCCAAAACCGGGUGACUCCUCGAGAUGAAGAAUUCCAAUUUGGUGACCUUUUCAGCGAUCAGUACAAUCUAUGGAAUUUUCAGCUCUGGCCACUGGCUCCCUUGAAUGAUGAUGGCCUAUGCAUGAAUGGUGAAUUUAAUAUUCAAAACUCAGGCAAACUCGAAGAUGUAUCACCACAAUAA